UGUACGAGUGACAGAGAAAACCCCCUGCUCGAUGUACAAACGUUUUUUGGUGACUCACUGACAAACAGUAUUUCUCCUGCAUUUGAUCGACCUGAUGGUUUAUCAGAGACGUGAGGAGCAGCUAUGAGUCUACCAGCAGCAGCGAGAGGAUUUGUCGUCUUCCUUCUCGUUGUACAAGUGGUUCAGGGUCUGGAUGACUGGGGAGUGACUUACUCUUCUACUGAGAUCUGUGCCGUGAAAGGAUCAACAGUGGAGAUAAGAUGCAGCUACACAUACCCAUCGACAUGGAGAGGCAGUGUUAACACAGUGGAGAAAACAUUGUGGUUCACUAAAUGGAAAGGUGGUAAACCUGUAGAUUUGACCACAGAGUCAGAGUAUUCAGGUCGUGUAGAGGAUCUCUGUGAAAACAACAUCUGCACUCUGAGAAUCAGAAAACUGAGAGAGAGCGACUCAGCUCAGUACAAGUUCAGGAUCAUAACAAACCAAGCCGUUUAUGCUAGUGAACCAGUCACUCUGUCUGUCACAGGUCUCCAGGUGAAGGUGAGCAACAUAUAUCGCUACACAGGCUAUAUAUGGGCAAACCUGGAGUGUCUGAGCAGUUGUCCUCCAACUUCUCGUCCUUCCUACAUCUGGUACAAGAAUGGACUGAAAUCGCCAAAACAAGGAGAUUCUUUUAAUGACUAUUUCUAUCCUAAAGAAAGCUAUGCCUGUGCUGUUAAAGGAUAUGAGAAUUCCCCCUCUCCUUCAGUGUGUGUUAAUGGUCAAGACUGCAAUACAGUGGCUUACAGUGAAAGAAGCAUCUGUGCCCCCAAAGGAUCCUCAGUGGACAUUUCCUGCACGCACAGCAGUUAUGAAUAUAAUGUUCAAUCUAAAUUCUGGUUCAGUCCUGAGCGUAGUCAUCAGUGGAAGAAUCCCUCUCAACCUGAGGACCUUAGUGAAGACACCCAGUAUGCAGGUCAUGCUCAGAUCCUUGAAACAUGGAGAGGACGCUCCACUCUGAGGAUCUCUGACCUGAGAGACUCAGAUUCAGCUCAGUAUCUCUUCAAAUUCAAAACACAAAACUUUGAAUGGAGGAGUGAUUUACCUGGAACAACUCUGACUGUCACAGCUCUGCAGGUGCAGGUGAUCAGAGCAACAGUCCAGCAGUCUAAUACCUAUGCAGAGCUGAAGUGUCACAGCAGCUGCAGUCCAGCUGGUGUUUCCUACGUCUGGUUCAAGAACCGAGAGAAAAUCCCCAAAACAACGAGAUCUUCAUAUAAAGACUGGUUUCAACACAGAGACAUGAUCUCUUGUGCCCUGGAAGGUCAUGAAGUCUUCCCCUCUCCUGCAGUGUAUGCUCCGAGGCUCCCUUACUUGUCAAGACCAUCUGGUGAGAUAGAGGAGGGCAGUUCAGUGACUCUGACCUGUAGCAGUGAUGCUAACCCAGCAGCUAACUACACCUGGUACAAGAAGAAUGGAAAUCCUAACGUUCCUCUUCUCAGUGAACGACCACAGCUUGUCUUCAGAUCCAUCCAGGCCUCUGACUCUGGAGAGUAUUUCUGUACAGCUGAGAACAAGCUGGGGAGGACAUCUGCAAACAUCUCUAUUGAUGUGAAAUAUGCUCCGAGGAUUACUUCUUUGUCAAGACCCUCUGGUGAGAUAAAGGAGGGCAGUCCAGUGACUCUGACCUGUAGCAGUGAUGCUAACCCAGCAGCUAAAUACACCUGGUACAAGAGGAAUGGAAAUGCAAACGUUCCUCUUCUCAGUGAACGACCACAGCUUCUCUUCAGCUCCAUCCAGUCCUCUGACUCUGGACAGUAUUAUUGUACAGUUGAGAACAAGCUGGGGAGGAGGACAUCUCUAAACACCUUUAUUGAUGUGAAAUAUGCUCCAAAGCUUCCCUCUGUGUCAGUUAGUCCCUCUGCUGAGAUAGAGGAGGGCAGUUCAGUGACUCUGACCUGUAGCAGUGAUGCUAACCCAGCAGCUAACUACACCUGGUACAAGAGGAAUAUAAAUGCAGGCCUUCCUCCUCUCAGUGAUAAACCACAGCUUGUCUUCAGAUCCAUCCAGUCCUCUGACUCUGGACAGUACUACUGUACAGCUGAGAACAAGCUGCGAGGGAAGACAUCUAAAGACAUCUCUAUUGAUGUGAAAUAUGCUCCGAGGGUUCCUUCUGUGUCUGUGAGUCCCUCAGAUGAGAUAAAGGAAGGCAGUUUAGUGACUCUGACCUGUAGCAGUGAUGCUAACCCAGCAGCUAAAUACACCUGGUACAAAGGAAAGAGAAAUCCCGACCUUCCUCCUCUCAAUGAAGGACCACAGCUUGUCUUCAGCUCCAUCAGUUCCUCUGACUCUGGUCAGUAUUGCUGUACAGCUGAAAACAAGCUGGGGACGAAGGCAUCUAAAGACAUCUCUAUUGAUGUGAAUUAUGCUCCAAAGACUUCCUCUGUGUCAGCGAGUCCCUCUGCUGAGAUAGAGAUUGGCAAAUCAUUGCAGCUGACCUGUAAAGGUGGCGCUAAUCCAGCAGCUACACAUACCUGGUACAAGGACAACCACACACUGCCUUGGGGGUCAAAAGACAUUUAUCAACUUGCCUCUAUCACCUUAGAGGACAAAGGGAACUACCACUGCGAGUUGAAGAAUAAGUACGGCCAGCUCAACUCUACAUCAGUACACAUAGAUGUCCAAUAUGCUCCAAAGCUCCCCUCUGUGUCAGUGAGUCCCUCUGCUGAGAUAGAGGAGGGCAGUUCAGUGACUCUGACCUGUAGCAGUGAUGCUAACCCAGCAGCUAACUACACCUGGUACAAGAAGGAUGAAGACUCUCCAAGAGCUUCAGGACAGAUCUUCACCAUCACUGACUUCAGAGCUGAACACAGUGGGAGUUAUUCCUGUGAAGCCCAGAACAAGUUAGGACGUAGUAACUCCACCUUACAUCUGAUUGUUGUGGCAGGAGGUUCAAUGAAAACAGUCGCUGCUGGAUCAAUAACUGCUGUUAUUGUGUGUAUCAUAUUCCUCAUUGCCUUUCUGUUGAUUAGAAGAAAGAGGUCCUCGAAACCAACCACGGAAGCUGGAGAGAGACCAGACAACGACGCUCAGGUACGCAUUUAUGACAGCCCUUCAGCUGCAGUACAGAGUGCAACACCAGAGCAGGAGGCCGAGGUUUGCUAUGCCAGCGUGAGAUUCAUUAAAAACCAGGAAGAGGCUCUCUACUCCAACAUCAAGCCCGCUCAUCUCCGCAGACACAAGAAGGACGAGAAGGACAAGGAGGAUGAUGUUGACCACUCUACUGUCACAUCUAAAAGUCACAGUGCUACUGCAGAAUCAGAGCGUCAUGAGGCUGCGGAGGAUCCAUCUGCAUUGUACAGCGUAGUCAACAAAAAACCAAGAGUAUUGACAUAACAUCUGUGUUCUCUUAAACAGUGUUCAAACAGUUUAAACACACAUGUAUAAAUAUAAGGUCUGAGUUAUGACAUUCACUGCUAGAUUACUAGUAUCAUGUAGCUAACGUAUACAUGCUGAAGCUUGUAAUUUAUAAAUACCAAUACAGAAAACUAUUUUUAAGCUUGUCAAAGUAGCCUACAUUUCUCUGUGUACAAUAUAUAUUUACCAUAAUCUUUUUCUGCUCUGCUGUUCAGUUUAAUUGCCUUUUUAUUGUUUAACAUGUUGAUAAUUUUCAUUUUAUUAAUAUUUCACCUCUGCUUCAUUACUUAGGGUUAGGGUUAGGGUUAUCCAAAGGGUUAACCCUAACCCUUUGGAUUUGGAACCCCCACUCUAACUUUGUCCUAGGUAGUCUUAAUAUCAUCUAACCCUAACCCUGUUCACCUGUAGUUUGCGCACACAAAAGCAUUUUACUCUGGGCUCAGGUGAAAAACUAAAGAGGGGCUUCCACAUGUGGUACUCUGAUUUUCUAUUUGGAGGAUAAUUAAGACCUUGUAUUUGCAUGCUGACCAAGUACUUUCUCUGCUUCUGUCUUACUAUCUGAAUACAAUUACCCAUUUUUCCUGGCAAUGAGAAAUCCCUGCUUUUAAAAGUUCAAGUGUUUUAAAGUCUUUCAACUGUGCACAUAUUGUUUAUUCCCCAAGAUGAACACAAAAUAAAGAAGCAUAUA